CCUUUGCGCAAGUCUCCCCGGAAUAAACUUUGAUCGGGCUUCCAAAUUUUUAGAAAUUUGUCUGUGAAACUCUCUCCAUCUCUCGCUCUACAGUCGGAGAAUUAAGGCCGAAAGCCAUCAAGCGAAAAGUUAUUUCAAUUGUUGAUCAGCAAUAACAAAAAUGUCUCGGAGAUAUGAUAGCCGUACAACGAUCUUCUCCCCUGAAGGUCGCCUUUACCAAGUUGAGUAUGCAAUGGAGGCCAUUGGAAAUGCUGGCACUGCGAUUGGAAUAUUGUCAAAGGAUGGGGUUGUCUUGGUCGGUGAAAAGAAAGUUACUUCCAAGCUUCUUCAAACCUCUACAUCUACAGAGAAGAUGUACAAGAUUGAUGAUCAUGUUGCUUGUGCUGUGGCGGGAAUAAUGUCGGAUGCAAACAUCCUCAUCAACACUGCUAGGGUGCAAGCACAACGAUACACAUAUGCUUACCAAGAGCCAAUGCCUGUUGAACAGUUAGUUCAAUCUCUUUGUGACACAAAGCAGGGUUACACACAGUUUGGUGGUCUACGCCCCUUCGGUGUUUCAUUUCUUUUUGCAGGAUGGGACAAAAAUUAUGGUUUCCAACUUUACAUGAGUGAUCCUAGUGGAAACUACAGUGGAUGGAAAGCUGCAGCUAUUGGUGCCAAUAACCAGGCAGCACAGUCAAUGCUAAAACAAGAUUACAAGGAUGAUAUCAUGAGGGAAGAAGCAGUCCAACUUGCACUGAAGGUGCUCAGUAAAACCAUGGACAGCACUAGCCUUACUUCAGAGAAGCUUGAAUUGGCUGAGGUUCUCCUCACACCUUCUGGGAAUGUAAAGUACCAGGUCUGCUCACCUGAUUCUCUGAGUAAGUUGUUGCUGAAGUUUGGAGUGACCCAACCUGCUGCUGAGGCUUUUUGAUUUAGGUUCGUUAUUUUUCAUAUGUCAUUGUGACAGUUUAGUGUACUUUAUUUAUAUUCUCUCGCUAAUGGGAUUGAAAUAUCUCUCGGAUAAUGUUGCUUGAAGUGAAUUAAACUUUGAAUUUACCGAUGAUGUUGUCAUGGGCUAAGGGGAUUGAGUCUUUUAUAUAUAUAUAUAAACAAAGAAUGUACGUUUUAUUUGAUUUUAGCAAGGUUUGUUUGGGUGCAAA